AUCGCUGCACUUUAAAUAUAUUUAUAAUUGACUUUUUUGUGUGCAAGUACACGUGAGUUUAUUUAUGAUACUUGCAAAUUAAUUUUAUAAAUUUAAAAUAAUGGCAGCGCAUCAACCUAAGAGGCAGAAAUUUCAGUAUGAUCCAGUAGCUGAAGACAGGUUACAGCAAAUAGCUUUCAAAGACUCUAAUGAUUUGAUUAAGACUUUAUUUACAAAAAAUAAAAAUAGUAAUGUUAAGACUAGUGGAGAUACAGUAGCUGGUGAAAGUGCUGCAGAUUCAACUAAUAUUGAAACUGAUGAAGAGAACGACAGUGAUGAGUCUGAAGAAAAUGAUGAAGCUGAAAAAAGUGAUGAGUCUGAAAAUGAUGAAGCUGAAGAAAGUGAUGAGGACAAAGAAAAUGAUAGUGAUGAUGAAUGCCAAGAGGAUCAAGCAAAACUGGACAGUUGCAAACGUGCUUGGAUUGAUGAAGAUGAUGAAAAUUAUUCAGUUAAUGCUGCCUUGAAGAUUCAAGAACGUAAAUUACCAGGAGGUAGACCUGAGAUCACUUAUAAUGAAUUGUUGGAGAAUAAAUUUCAGUCUCUUGUUGGUGCUCCAAAAUGGUCGGAAAUAAAAAAAAAGGAAGUUAGAGAUUCUGAUGACUCGGAUGAAGAACUUUAUCAACACAGUAAUAGAUUGCGAACUACGAAAGAUAAAAAAUUACCCCGAGGAAUCAUUGACAUAAAAGCGCUUAAGGACAUUAAUACAGAGACUCAUUGUGAGGGUCCAGUUGUUACUAGCAUGCAGUUUCAUCCAACGUCGACUGUUGCUUUUGUUGCUGGUUUAUCUGGAGUCCUAUCUGUUUUUAAAAUUGACGGCCAGGAAAAUAAUAAAUUACAAAGUGUGAAGUUCGAACGUUUCAAUAUUAAUGCAGCCAAGUUUUUGAGAGACGGAAAUGAAAUAAUUGCUGGAACUCGAAAUCAUUCGUACAGUCAAUUAUACGAUUUGAUGUCUGGUAAAAUAUAUAAAAUUCCAUUGCCAACUGGCGUAACAAAUAUGUCGAAAUUCGAAGUAUCACCCGAUGGAAAAUUUAUUGCAGUCAUAGGAAAAAUGGGAGAAAUAUUUUUAUUAUCAGCUUUAACGAAAGAAUUGAUUCAUACUUUUAAAAUGAAUAGAAGAUGUCAGGCUAUAACUUUUACACCAGAUACUAAAAAAUUAAUUACCCACGGAGACUCUGAAGAAAUAUACAUAUGGGAUAUUGAUAGUCGAAGUUGCAUACACAGAGCAAUUGAUACCGGAUGUAUAUCAAGUACAUCAAUAGCAAUAUCAUCGAGUGGACAGUUUUUAGCCACUGGAAGUAAACAGGGAGUUGUAAAUUUGUAUGAAACAAGUAGCGUUUUACGUGAUCGAUUUCCCAAGCCCUCUAAAAUAAUUUUGAACCUCGUGACUGCAAUAACGUCACUGAAAUUUAAUUCCACCUGCGAAAUAUUGGCAAUGGGGUCCAAGUACAAAGACAAUGCCUUCAAAAUGGUCCAUUUGCCGUCUUUCAAUGUUUUCUCAAAUUUUCCUACCUCCCGGACAACAAUUUAUACCCCCUUGGCAAUCGACUUCUCUCCCAGCAGCGGGUUUAUGGGAAUUUCAAAUAACAAAGGUUGCGCGCACUUGUAUCGAUUGAAACACUAUGGUAAUUAUUAAUUGUAGAAUAUAAAAAAAGUGUAUAAUUAUUGAAAAAGUUUUUUUUUAUUGAUUAAAAAACGAUAAUGAAUAAAGAGGAAAUAUUUUUUACGUGAGAUUUAAUGUUCCAUGAUUUAAAAAUUGUGAUAGAUAUAAUAAAUUUAUUUACAUGAUAAAUUUUAAUUAAUUUUCUAUUAAUGGUCGUUUUAUUAAUUAAAUUAUUAUUAAUGUCAUUUU